AAGAGAUUAAAUGAACAGUUCCAAAAGUCAAAACUGGAUGAAUAUUCUGGGACGUAGGGAGUACUUAAGAGUUAUUUGCUAAAUUUUUUUACGAGAUGGAGAGGGGGGGAGGGGGGGCAAAGGGCUGGAAGUGCAGGGAGGUUUUGGGCGUAAGAAUUACGAAGUAUCAAUUUUCAAACAAGCAGCCGAAGAGUCCAAUCAAAAACACCUUCGCCCCGUAAGCCUUCUCGGCUAGUCAGUAGUCACCGACCGCCAGACCGCCGUCCGCCUCAGCGGUGCUCCAGGUCUCCGUCACCAAGACUCCAAUCGAGACAUCCAAGUGCUAGAAUAAAUGGAGCAUAGUUCAGUCCAAGAUCAAUGCAAUGGAACAUUCUCACUGGCAGAUGAAGAUCAUACACUUGCCAAUGCGCUUAGAUUCUCUCUUAAUCAGGAUCCGAGAGUUAUACUUUGUGGGUACAGCAUUCCGCAUCCUUCAGAGGCUCGGGUUAAUAUAAGAGUCCAGACUACAGGUGAUCCGGCUGUGGAAGUGCUAAAAGACGCAUGCCAUGAUCUGAUGCUUAUGUGUGAGCACACUAGGAGCACCUUUGAUCAAGCUCUUGCAAAAUUCAAGAGUGAGAAAGGCAUGAAAGCAAUGAAGUUGGGAAAGAAGUGAUUGGUUGAUACUCGCUCUUCACUAUCUAUAUAUUGAUGGUAAUUUGUUGCAUAUGUAUUUUUAUGCAGUCUUUUUUGGGGGUAAUAUCUUGGUUGCUUUUCUCUUCUAAGUAUGUAUGACUUCUUUAACUUUGUCCUUAAAACUGUAGUAGAUAUUGUGAUCACAACUAUUUUGUUUUCAAAGAAAUGUGAAGCAAAUUA